UGGCGAAUGUUUCAGGUCUUCUCUCCACCCCUCUCCCUAUAAAAGUCGCACCCCUCACACUCCAGUUCUUCAAACCCCAUCUCUCCCCAUUCUCUGAAUCGGGAUUUGAUUUUAUAAGAAGAUGGAGGACGCCCCCACCCUAAAAUCUGUAUUUCUUCUGCUAUUCUUAACUUGUUGGGUCGCUGCUGCUGGAGCUGAAUAUCUCAAGUAUAAAGAUCCGAAGCAGCCUCUGAAUGUUAGAAUAGAUGACCUUUUGAAGAGGAUGACACUUACUGAGAAGAUUGGGCAAAUGGCUCAGAUUGAGCGAAAGAAUGCGUCAUCUGAAGCCAUCAAAAACUACUUUAUAGGUAGUGUAUUGAGUGAAGGAGGCAGUGCUCCUGCUCCAAAGGCAUCUGCAGGUGUUUGGGUGGAUAUGGUGAAUGAGAUACAAAAGGCGGCUCUCUCUACCAGACUUGGUAUUCCAGUUAUAUAUGGUAUUGAUGCAGUUCAUGGACACGGCACAGUCUAUAAAGCUACCAUUUUUCCACAUAAUAUUGGCCUUGGAGCUACCAGGGAUCCAGUUCUCGUAAAAAAAAUUGGCGCUGCAACGGCUCUUGAAGUUAGAGCAACAGGCAUUCCUUACACCUUCGCUCCAUGCGUUGCGGUAUGCAGAGAUCCUAGAUGGGGUCGUUGUUAUGAAAGCUACAGUGAAGAUCCAAAGGUUGUUCAAGAAAUGACUGAGAUUAUCCCAGGUUUACAAGGAGAGGUUCCAGCAAAUUCUCCCAAAGGAGUUCCUUUUGUAGCUGGCAAGAAAAAUGUUGCUGCUUGUGUUAAGCAUUAUGUUGGUGAUGGUGGAACUCACAUGGGCAUUAAUGAGAAUAACACAAUCAUCAAUUUCCAUGGGCUUCUUAGCAUCCACAUGCCUCCUUAUUACAAUGCUAUUAUCAAAGGUGUCUCUAGUGUGAUGGUUUCUUAUUCAAGUUGGAAUGGGGUGAAAAUGCAUUCAAACCAUUACUUGUUGACUGAUUUCCUCAAAAACAAGCUCCGUUUCAGGGGUUUUAUAAUUUCCGAUUAUGAAGGCGUUGAUAGGAUUACGACGCCUCCUGGUAAAAAUUAUACAUUCUCUCUCCAGUCUGGGAUUCUUGCAGGCAUUGAUAUGAUAAUGAUUCCCUAUGACUAUCCUCGUUACUUCGAUAGCUUCCUUGAACUUGUCCAUAAAAAUGUAAUUCCCAUUAGCCGGAUUGAUGACGCUGUUAGGAGGAUUCUUCGGGUAAAGUUCGCCAUGGGUCUCUUCGAGAACCCCUUCGGAGAUUAUAGCUUGGCUGAUGAGAUUGGAAAGCAGGAGCAUAGGGAUCUAGCCAGAGAAGCUGUGAGGAAAUCACUGGUUCUGCUGAAAAAUGGUAAAAGUUAUGGGGAGCCAAUCAUACCACUCUCUAAGAAGGCCAAGAAAAUACUUGUAGCUGGUAGCAAUGCUGAUAACUUGGGCUAUCAGUGCGGAGGCUGGACGAUUGAGUGGCAAGGACUUAGUGGGAACAACCUUACAAUCGGAACCACAUUGCUUGACGCCGUAAAAGCGACGGUUGAACCCGGCACAGAAGUUGUCUAUUCGGAGAACCCUGAUGCGGAUUUUGUCCGAAGCAACGAAUUCUCUUAUGCCAUUGUUGCUGUUGGCGAGCAUAAUUACGCAGAGACUUUUGGCGACAGCUUGAACCUCACCAUCGCCGAGCCCGGACCACAUACAAUCAAGAAUGUGUGUGAGCAUGUCAAGUGUGUGGUGGUUUUAAUAUCUGGCAGGCCUGUUGUCAUUGAGCCAUACAUCCAUAUCAUCGAUGCGCUCGUGGCGGCCUGGCUGCCUGGCACGGAAGGCCGUGGGAUGACCGACGUGCUAUUUGGGGACUAUGGAUUCACCGGAACUCUUCCAAGGACGUGGUUCAGGUCUGUUGACCAGCUACCAAUGAACGUUGGUGAUGCUCAUUAUGAUCCUUUGUAUCCAUUCGGUUUUGGGCUAACAACUGAGGCUGUGAAGGUAGGCUAUUGAGGUUUGUUUCUUUAUGGGAGAGAGAUGGGAUUGAGACAAAUUUUUAUGUUUGGUAGUUGUGAUGAAUAAGGGAUUUUGGGUUGGCCCUCCUU